ACUUUCUAAUAAAAAAAUUUAUGACAUUUUACAUAAAUCAUCCUAUAUAACAAACAAUUAAAAUUGAUUUUCACUGAAAUUUUAGACAAUCUUAGUCACGUGAUUGAGAAACUCCAAUGAAAUUUUAACCAGUUUAACCUUAACUUUACCGCGUAUUAUGCAUCUAUAAUCAUGGCAUCAGUUGAUUCAGUGUUAAAGAAAAGUUAAAAAUAGUUGAAUAUAUAUUAUUUUACAUUCGUGUUCGUUUAUAGUACGAUAAAUAAUUACUAGGAAUAAUUAUACAAAAUAAUAUAGCAACAGUUAGUAACAGUUAAUAACAGUUUAUUUAGUUUUUCAUACAGGUUAAGUAGGAUCAAACACGUGGUCUAUUCUACAAAAAUUAUUUAAUUUUAUAACAACAGAUAACUAAAAAUAUGUCGUUUCGUAGUCGUGGUGGUGGAGGAGGAUUUGGUAGAGGCGGUGGAGGAUUUGGUAGAGGAGGUGGAGGAUUUCGUGGAGGUAGAGGCGGACGUGGGGGAGGUGGAGACAGAGGUUCAAGAGGAUUUGAUCAAGGUCCUCCUGAAAUGGUAACUCCACUAGGUCAUUUUACAUGGACCGUUCAAGAUGAUCUUGUUGCUAAAGUGGAUAUUGAACAAGUUCCCUUUUUUAAUGCACCUAUAUAUACAGAAAAUAAACAACAAAUAGGAAAAAUAGAUGAAAUAUUUGGUAAUAUUAGAGAUUAUUAUGUAUCAAUAAGAUUAUCAGAAAACAUUAAAGCAUCCAGUUUUGUAAAGGAUACUCCGCUGUUCAUAGAUCCAGCAAAAUUAUUACCUUUACAAAGGUUUUUACCAAAACCUCCAGGUGAAAAAAGAAGAGGUGGUGGUAGUGGACGUGGAAUAAAUAAAGGAUCUCGUGGACGUGGUGGUAGAGGUGGUGGGGGAGGAAGAGGUUCGUUUAGUAGAGGUGGUGGUGGUAGAGGAGGAUUUAGAGGAUCACGUGGUGGUGGUGGCGGAUUUGGACGUGAUUUUAAUAGAGGACGUGGUAGAGGAAAAUGGUAGAUUGUAAGAGAUUUUGAUAAAGAGGCUGAAAUAAAGACAGUAUAACAUUGAUUUUGAUAUAAGAAAUGUAUUUGAAUAAUGUAAAAACAAAAAACAUACAGGAGCAUUUAAAACUUUAAAUAUAAUUAUUAUUCACAUUUGAUUUUAUAAUGUUUAACGAAUACAGUACAGAGAAAAGUAUUUAAUGUAUAUUACAAUACAAGGAAUAUUUUCAUUUGUAUGUACACGUGUUAAUAAUCUAUAUAAGAAAAAAGAUUUAUUAAACUUCAUCAAAUUUGAUAUGUUUCCCUAA